AUGUAAAACUGGUCUAAUUCAAUUGGUGCAAUCGGUACAUCAGACUUAGGUUCUGCUUUAGCAAAGUGCAUUAAUCUCUCAAAUUUGACACUUGACCUUUAUAAUAAUUAAAUUGGUGAUGAAGAUGCAUCAGGCUUAGGUUCUGCUUUAGCAAAGUGCAUUAAUCUCUCAAAUUUGACACUUAACCUUGGGUCUAAUUCAAUUGGUGCAGAAGGUGCAUCAGGCUUAGGUUCUGCUUUAGCAAAGUGUAUUAAUCUCUCAAAUUUGACACUUAACCUUUAGUAAAAACUGUUUAUUUGUUUUGGAUUGUGA